ACCCCUGACAUGAAUUGAAAAACCAUAGGCUGACCAGUUACCGACCCUUUAAGAUAGGGACAAAACAUAGUUGUCAAUUUAUCAACAAAUUUUCUCCAUCUCUAUUCAAAAUGGGGCCACACCCAAUGCAAUUCCAAAGACUAGCCAGCUAAGUGUAAACUUCCUUUAUAAAAGGUACAUAAAAACACAUAUGAAAAGAAUGUACUCUAAUUCUAUUAAUAAUAACAACCCUCAAAAUAUUUUGUCAUAGAAAAAAAAAAUGUUGAUGGAGUCUAAGGAGUCUCUUGCUCAAUUGGGAUCUUAUCUUGGUGGGUUAAUGUUCCUUUGGGCAAUAUUUCAACAAUUUUUCCCUAAUCAACUUCGAAAUUACCUUGAGAAAUACUCACAAAGAUUGGCUAGUCAUCUUUACCCUUAUAUACAAAUCAGAUUCAAUGAGCUGACUGGGGAACGUCUUAUGAGAAGUGAGGCUUACUCUGCCAUUGAAAAUUACUUAAGCACAAACUCAUCACUCCAUGCAAAGAGGCUGAAGGCUGAUGUAGUGAAGAGCAACAACCAAUCACUUGUUCUAAGCAUGGAUGAUCAUGAAGAAGUUGUUGAUGAAUUUAAAGGAGUAAAGCUUUGGUGGGCUUCAGGUAAAAACAAUUCUAAAACUCAAACAGUUUCUUUCUACCAAGUUUCUGAUGAGAGAAGAUACUACAUUCUCACUUUCCAUAAAAGGCAUAGAGAACUUAUUGUUGGGGCUUACCUUAAUCAUGUUCUUAAAGAAGGUAAAGCUAUUAAAGUGAGGAAUAGGCAAAGAAAGCUUUAUACAAAUCAUGGUUCUUAUUGGAGUCAUGUUGUGUUUCAACACCCUGCAACUUUUCAAACACUUGCUUUAGAGCAAGAAAAGAAGCAAGAUAUCAUUGAUGAUUUGAUUGCUUUUAGUCAAGCAGAGGAGUUUUAUGCAAGAAUUGGUAGAGCUUGGAAAAGGGGUUAUUUGCUAUAUGGUCCUCCAGGAACUGGGAAAUCAACCAUGAUUUCUGCUAUGGCUAAUUUGUUAAACUAUGACAUCUAUGACCUUGAGUUGACUGCUGUUAGAGACAACACUGACCUUAGAAGGCUUCUGAUUGAGACAUCAAGUAAGUCUAUUAUUGUGAUUGAAGACAUUGAUUGUUCACUAGAGUUAACUGGACAGAGAAAGAAGAAGAAGAAGGAGAAAAAGGAAGAUGAUCAAGAUGGAAAAGAACACAAGGAGAAGAAAGAAGAGAAAGAAGAUAAAAACAGCCAGGUGACUCUUUCUGGUCUUUUGAAUUUCAUUGAUGGGAUUUGGUCAGCUUGUGGUGGUGAAAGGAUCAUAGUUUUUACUACUAAUUAUGUAGAAAAACUUGACCCUGCUCUAAUCAGAAAGGGAAGAAUGGACAAGCAUAUUGAAUUGUCUUACUGUGGUUUUGAAGCUUUUAAAGUUUUGGCUAAAAACUAUCUUUGUAUUGAAGACCACCCUUUGUUUUCAACAAUUGGUAAAUUGUUGGGUGAAGCCAAAAUAACACCUGCUGAGGUUGCUGAGCAUUUGAUGCCUAAGAAAAUUGUUUCUGGGCAAGCUGAAAUCUCUCUCAAGAGUCUGAUUCAAGGUCUUGAAAAAGCCAAACAGGAUGAGAAACUCAAAGCUGAGGAAGAAGAAGCCAAAAAGAAGGCUUUGGAUGACAAAAAUGAAGAUAAGCAUCAAGAAUCAAAAUGUGACUUAAAGAGUAAUGGUUACUAGUAAAGGAGUCAUUCUCAAUUUGGAUUAUUAUUAUUAUUAUUAUGUACAAUUCACUAAUUCAGUUUAGUUGGUAUUACCCAACUAAACUUGUUUUACAAUUAGAAGUAUUAAUAAAAAUUUCUCUUUUCUUUA